AUGCUUGUACAAAGUCUUUCCGGUGGAGGCCACCAAGAAGGCGCACAAGAUGAAGAACCCGGAGUAACACAACCAGGACGAUCGCCAAAACGGUGGUCGUCAUCUCCCCAGAGCUGGAAGAAUCGAAGACGGAACGAGAUCAACGUCAAGUGCAUGUACAUUAACAAACAAGGUCUCUUGACCUCUUCCGUCGCAGAGCCGCAACCUUAAGGCUGUAGCUAACGCAUCUUUGACGCAUCCUUGAAACGUAUGGGGCGGGAGUAUGCCAGUGCGAUAUUACUCUGGCAUACUUUUCAAGGAUGCAGCUGAAAGAUGAAUUAUGGAGAGCGUUAACAACCGAAAGCAGGAGCCGGUCGCGCGAACAUCAACAAGGCGGGUUGUAAUACUACUAGUGGAUCUUCUGGUCAAACAGCCGUGCCAGCGAUGACAUUCGCUGGGCCAAAACACGUCCUGCUUACUGGGAGUGCCGGGAUCGAACAGUUUUUUCCUGCAGACUGCGGGAUGCUAAGCCGCGAUCGGCGCGAGUUGGAGAAGUCUAUUGUCC